GCUGCAUUAGUUUAACCAGAACCGCCGAAGAAGAAGAAGUAGAAGCAGGAAUUGUUGAUCAGCAGUGAAAAUAGACUAGUCUGAUUAGCUUGCAGGCUAAGGCUCUAUGAUAUGAGGUUUAUCAGCUAAACAGUGUGUUACCAGUGUGGACCUCAGCGGGCGUUGCCGUGGGCGAUGGCUCUGAUUGAAGGUGUAGGAGACGAGGUGACGCUGCUGUUUGGCUUUCUGCUACUGCUCAUGGUGCUGCUGCUCGCCUGGAUCUCCACCUGUACCCCUGAGCCCCCAGAGCACCUGUUCACCUCCACCGCUGGCCCUGCCCCUUUACUGAGGACCAGCCCCUCCCACCAAGACACACACCCCUCCUCCACCAACACUAAUGCCUCCUCUUCAUCAUCAUCACCCUCCAGCUCUGUGAGUGACCUCUCUUCCAGUUCUGCUGCUUCCUCCCAGGAGAAGGAGGGUGAGGAGGGUGAUGGGGGUGGAGACAGGGGGGAGGCUGCAGGAGAGGGGGAGAGGAGCAGUGGAGGAGAGCCUUCGUCAUCUCAGAGGGACAUGGUGGUCAGACUGAAGUUUCUGAAUGACACAGAGAGAACAGCUCAGGUCAAACCACAGGACACCAUUGGAUACAUCAAACGGACCUACUUUGCGGGUCAGGAGCAGCAGGUCCGGUUGAUCUAUCAGGGUCAACUGCUGCAGGAUGAUGCUCAGACUCUGGCCUCUCUGAACCUGGCCCAUAACUGCGUCCUGCACUGUCACAUCUCUCAGCAUGCCGGGCAGGGGGCUACUGGGGGGCCCCGGCCCGCAGACCAGGUACAGGUAGCUUUGAAUGUGGGCAGCCUCAUGGUCCCCCUGCUGGUCCUCAUGCUGUCGGUGCUGUGGUAUUGUCAGAUUCAGUACCGGCAGUUCUUCACCGCCCCAGCCACCGCCUCACUGGUUGGAUUCACCAUCUUCCUCAGCCUGGUGGCCUUUGGAGUCUACCGCCGUUAGCUGCUCUCUGAUUGGUUGCUGUGGUUAU